AUGGAUGCAAAGGCCACUACCGCACUCAGCCGAAUUCAGCCAAUAACUACCGAGAGGGGAGAAGCCAAUCAGUCCCCCAACCGCAUCGUGGAAUGUGAACUGGUACGAAGUUAUCACAAAAAGGGAAUGACUAUCAAUUUGGGCCGCCUGAGUCCGCAUUUUCGUCGCGCAUUACCGCCAGCCUAUUCCACGCAUCGUGGCAUGGGAUCCGCAUCGCGUCAGCCUGUUCGAACUGUGUUUGAUCUUUGGUCCACUGCCGAAACCCCAUCUUAG